AUGCAACCAUUUGGUCAGCCACAGAUAGUGCAGAAUCGUGGGUAUGGCGGCUACAAUGCUUAUAGCCAUCCGGGCUAUCCUUCUCAACAAUUACAUGCUCCUGCCCAGUACCAUGCGCAAAGUGGUUAUUAUUCUCAGUAUCCACAAGGAACGUAUAACCCAACACUUUUUCAGAAUUUCCAAGGCACCAUUUCAGGUCAAGUAAAUCGUGGAAGAUCCGUCUACGCCGGGGGGCGUGGAGGUGGUGGCUAUGGACGUGGUGCUUACACUAUGGCCAUGGGGGGUGAUUACGGCCGAGGUGCGUUUGGAGUUCGCUCUCAUCGAAAGAAGCCCUUUGUUGGUGGCUCAUUGGAAACACAGCGUGAGUGGGAAAGACAAACAGUCUGCUGUUUUUUUCUGCAAGGUAACUGUAAAUUUGUUGGUUCUUGUCGUUUUCUUCAUGAAGACGAUAGCAAACGUCCCUGCCAAUUUGGAGCGCAGUGCCGGGUAGGACAUGCACCGCGGGCAAAGAAGAGUAAUGGCAAUGCGGAUGAUGAAAACCCACCUUCUCACUUGGACGAUUUUCAGCAAUCAGCUGAGCAACAAGAACACAAUGCUGCGGAACCCGCACAAUAA